ACUUGCGGGUCCAUUCGCCACAGUUCCGAUUGUCGAACAGCUUCAAGAUGAGCGUCCUCGCCCUCUGUCUCUGUCUAGCCGUGACUUCAGGGGUCUCAUCCGAGAGGGUGAAAAGAGGUUUCAUAGGAGGCUAUGGAGGAGGGGGAGGCUAUGGUGGUGGGGGAGGAGGCUACGGAAGUGGAGGCUCCUCCUAUGUGGUCGUGGGAGGAUAUGGAGGGGGACAUGGUGGUCCCUCUGCCUCCGACAUCGCGAGCCAGUCCGCGUACCAAGCGACCGCAGCAGCUGCCGGUUUAAGUGGCGCUGCCCAGAGCGCAGCUUCGUAUGCAGCUAGACAAGCUGCAUCAGUUGUUGCCAGGGCAGCUGGCUCAGCCAACCAAGCUGCAGCUGCCAGCUUUGACCGAGCCGCUUAUCUGAGCCACGCCCUCGGAGCUGCCCAAGCGAAUGCAUUCCAACAGGGCAGUCAGGCUGCCCAAGCAGCAGCAGCUGCCCAGGCAGCACAUGCCCAAAAGUUGUGGGCUCUGAACCGCGCCAAUUCACACUACGGAGGCUACGGAGGAGACGCAGAACUUGCUUACGCCAAGGAAAAUUUCUACGCUGCCUCAGCAAAUGCCGCUGCCCAAGCAGCUGAUGCCCAGUAUGCUCAAAAGGAAGCCAACGCCCUUGCAUUGCAGAGUGCUAUUGCUAACAACAACCUGCAGUCCAGCAAAGGCGCUGCAGCACAGGCGUCUGCUGCUGCUACAGCGGCUCUGGCCAAGGCCCAAGGGUACUCGAGUCACUAUGGCAGCGGGUAUCAUGGUUAGGGCAUAGAAACAGGCAAAGUCGUUAGUCUGAGAAAUGUAUUAUGCAAAAGAGUGACUAGCUCAGGGGGAGCUCUGUAUUUUGAUGUGAUGAUAUUCAUGGUAAUCUAAGCAUACGUUUUCCAGUGUACAACUGGAUGCUGUGAGGUAACUUUGAAUUUCACGAUUGGUAAGUGUAAUAACCAGGUAUUUUGAACGCUUCCCCACCAGCAUAACUUACUAUUUGUGCUUCCAAGAAUGCCAGUUAGUCUUCCAACUAUGUAAAGGUCAACUUGAAGAUGAAGAAACUUCAUUCGUUUGUAAAAUUGUUUCAUUAUAUGUAUGUGAGGUUCGCAGUCUUAUGAUUUUAAGAUAUGGUAGAAAUUAAAA